AUGUUUGUACCGUUUACAAUACGUUCAUUUAAACACAAUUUAUCAUCUAAAUUAUUACGGUUAUCGUUUAAAAGAUAUUAUUCACCUCUGGUAAGAUCAUCAAACGCACAUUUCCAAUUUAUAAAUCAUAGGGUACCGUUCUAUUUAUUAGGAACUGUAGCUAUAUCUACUUCAUUAUAUGCGUGGAAUUCAAAAAUACUAAUAUCUAAUGAUCAAAAUGAUGUUAAAUCAGCCAAUCGUUUAAAAGGUGACCCUAGAGCAGAUACUUACGAGAUGGGUUUAUAUUUAGCAUCACAAGAGGAACAGCGAACGAAUAGACUCAAGAGGAGAGAGGAAAAAUUAAGAAGGACCAAAUCAACGUUAUAUAGAUUGGCUUUACAAUUGUAUUUUGUAUUUGAUGAUCAUAUAUGGACUCCAAUUUCAAUAACAUGUCGUUUCCUAGAAAUUUCAAUUUUCGUUCUACCUAUAAUCAUUUCGUUCCCUGUAGCAUUUUUCCUGUCAUCAUCAAUUAAUUCCCAAACAUGGUGGUUUACUAUGAUCAGAAUGGCGUUGCAAUCAUUAGGUCCAAGUUUUAUUAAAUUAGGACAAUGGGCUGCCUCUAGAACAGAUCUUUUCCCUGAUGAAUUUUGUCGGAUCCUUGGUGAUCUACAUAGUAAAGGGAAACCACAUUCUUUCAAAUUUACUGAGCAAAAAUUAUGUGAAUUGUUUCAAGUAAAUUCAUUGGAUGAUGUGUUUGAAAAUAUCAAUAGGACACCUGUUGGGGUUGGCGCAAUAGCACAAGUAUAUAUAGUUAAGUUCAAUGAAUCUUUUAUAAAAUAUACUGAUGGGAAACAAUGGUUUGCAUUAAAGAUAUUACAUCCUAAUGUAGCGGACAAAAUCUCGAAGGAUUUGAAAAUCAUGAAAUUUGGAGCAAUGUUGAUUAAUUCUAUACCAACAAUGGAAUGGCUUUCAUUACCAGAUGAAGUGAGUCAAUUUUCAAUAUUAAUGAACUUGCAACUUGAUUUAAGGAUUGAAUCAUUAAAUUUGAGGAAGUUUAGAGAAAAUUUUGCAUAUUAUCCAAGGAUAGAAUUCCCAGAGCCUUUAUUAAAAUUUUCAAAUACAAAUAUCUUGUUUGAAGAAUAUAUAGAGGGUUUACCGAUGGAGUCAUUUUUAGAUGUGAAAAACUUGAUUUCUAAUGUGUCUCUUUCUAAGAAAGUUAGUGAUCCCUUUGUUGAUGCAUUUUUGAAGAUGUUGAUAUUAGAUGAUUUUAUUCAUUCUGAUUUACAUCCAGGAAACGUUUUGAUUAAAUUUGUUAAAAUGGAUAACUUCCAAAAGAGAGUAAUCUCUACAGAUAAUGAAAACGCAGAUGUCGUAAUUGAAUUAAAGCAAUUAUACGAUGAAGAUAAAGAAAAAUACGUGAAUUACUUGAAAUCGAUAUUAGCAUCGUACACACCACAAAUUUAUUUUAUAGAUGCAGGUCUGGUAACAGAAUUGAACGAUUUAGAUAGAGUUAAUUUUAUAGACCUCUUCAAAUCCUUGGUGAAAUUUGAUGGAUAUAGAGCUGGUGAAUUGAUGAUUGAAAGGUCAAGAACACCUGAGACUGCGACCAAUGGUGAAGAAUUUGCUCAAAAAGUUGAAAAAUUGGUCUCCACAAUAAGGAACCAAACAUUCACAUUGGGAACAGUUUCAGUAGGAAACUUACUUGAUCAAAUGCUUUCAAUGGUGCGAGUCCAUCAUGUCAGAAUGGAGGCUGACUUUGUAUCUGUAGUUGUGGCCAUUCUGUUAUUGGAGGGUAUUGGCAGACAACUGGAUCCAAAUCUAGAUUUAUUUGAUAGUUCAGUGCCAAUACUGAGGGAAUAUGCAAUGACUCGUGAACGUAGCAGUCUAUUAAAUGGUACUAACACAUUCACUAUGAUGGCAUUGUGGUUAGGUUUGGAAUUAAGACAAUGGAUGAACCUGUCUGUUAAACAGAUUAAGUACCUCAUUAAAACAGACCAAUUGUGUCCAAAUUAUUAA